CCCGCCAAUCUCUCUCUCUCUCUCUCUCUCUCUGGCAAAUACAUGUACAUAUGAGUAUGUAUUACCAGUAUAUGAGUAUGUAUUACCAGUUGUAGCGAGAGAGAGAGAGAGAGUUCAGAUGGUGAUUUCUUCGUCAAUUCAACUGUGUCACAGCUUGAGGCCUCACAAGGCUCUGUCUUCUGCAACAAUGGCGUCCUCGCCUUCAUCGAUGGUGGCGACACUCUCUCUCUUUGCUUCGCGAAAGGUCAAUUAUGGUCACUACUGUUCAUGUCGAUUCAGGAGGGUUGUUUUCGUGAAUUCGAACGAGAGAACUCAGGACCAUUCUCUUGUCGGUGAUUCUACGGAGAUUGUCGAUGGCCAGCAGGCUGCAGACAAGCCCCCAAAGCUGCAGGAGCGAGAUUUUUCUGGCACCUCUUAUGUUCCUGUAUAUGUGAUGCUACCAUUGGGUGCCAUCAAUAUGGAUUGCCAGUUGCUUGAUCAAGACAAUCUGCUUAACCAGCUAAAGAUCUUGAAGUCAGUUAAUGUCGAUGGUGUAAUGGUUGACUGCUGGUGGGGAAUAGUAGAGAGACAUGCUCCACAACAAUAUAAUUGGGGUGGCUACAAGAACCUCUUUCAGAUUGUGCAUGACCUUAAGCUUAAGUUGCAGGUAGUUAUGUCAUUUCAUGAAUGUGGAGGCAAUGUUGGUGAUGAUGUUCAUAUUCCACUUCCCCAAUGGGUGGCCGAAAUUGGUCAAAGAAAUCCUGACAUAUUUUUCACAGACAAAGAAGGAAGACAUAACCCUGAAUGUCUCACUUGGGGAAUUGACAAGGAAAGGGUUUUAAGAGGUCGGACUGCUGUUGAGGUUUACUUUGACUACAUGAGAAGCUUCCGGGUAGAAUUUGACGAGUUCUUUGAGGAUGGAAUCAUCUCUGAGAUUGAAAUUGGACUCGGUCCAUGUGGGGAGUUACGCUAUCCCUCUUAUUAUGCAAAACAUGGUUGGAAAUAUCCUGGCAUUGGUGAAUUCCAGUGCUAUGACCGGUAUUUGUUAAAUAGUCUGAAGAAGGCAGCAGAAGUGAGAGGACAUUCAUUUUGGGGAAGAGUACCAGAUAAUGCAGGCUCUUAUAAUUCCCGACCACAUGAAACCAGGUUCUUUUGUGAUGGUGGCGAUUAUGAUAGCUAUUAUGGCAGAUUUUUCCUUAAUUGGUACUCUCAGGUUCUGGUUGAUCAUGGUGAUCGUGUCCUCGCUCUGGCAAAUUUGGCUUUUGAAGGCACUUGCAUUGCUACAAAGCUAUCAGGUAUUCAUUGGUGGUACAAGACAGCAAGUCACGCUGCUGAGUUGACUGCUGGGUUUUACAACCCAUGUAAUCGUGAUGGCUACGCUCCAAUCGCAACAAUGUUAAAGAAGCAUGAGACUGCUCUAAACUUCACAUGUGUUGAGUUGCGCACAAUGGACCAGAAUGAGGACUUUCCAGAGGCACUGGCAGACCCUGAGGGAUUAGUUUGGCAGGUGCUUAAUGCUGCAUGGGAUGUUAGCAUACCAGUUGCAAGUGAGAAUGCUCUUCCUUGCUAUGAUAGAGAAGGUUAUAACAAGAUAUUAGAAAAUGCAAAGCCCUUAAACGAUCCAGAUGGGCGGCAUUUAUCUGCUUUUACCUACUUGAGGCUUAGCCCAGUUCUCAUGGAGAAUCACAAUUUUAUGGAGUUUGAACGAUUUGUCAAGAAAAUGCACGGUGAAGCAAUCUCGGAUCUGCAAUCUUUGUUCGAAGGAAAAGGGCAACAAGUUUCAUCUGAUGAAAUCCCGGGCUCCAACUAAGAAAGAAAAAAACAAUAUCUAUUUGCCUGUAAAGUUAACAUAGUAAUAUGUUGUUGUUUCUUAUGUGUUGACAAGAAUGUUUUGUUCACAAGUAUGAAUAUAUGGUCUAGAUUUAUUUUUUUAUGGAAUGAAUCUGGGCGAUACAUUAACUUUUUGUGAA